AUGAGCUGGGCAGAGGAGGACUGGACGGUGGGCCUGCCUGGCCGGGCCCUGCAGAAGGUCAAGGAGCUGCAGGUCCAGCAGGAGAGGCUGAACCGAGAGAGACAGCAGAAACAGCUGCAGCUGGACAGCACACAGACCUCCCUCAACAAACAGACUGUCAAGUAUGAGGAGGUGUGCGGGGAGCUGCAGUGUGUACAGAGGGAGUUACAGGGGGCUCGUGAGGAGGUGCAGGCAGGUGUCUGUGCGCAGGAGCGUCUCUCUCAGGAUCUCCAAGUGAAACAGGCCCAGGUGUGUUCACUGGAGGGACAGCUGGGCUCGGCACGAACCCUCACACACACCCUCGAAAAGGAGGUCAAAAGGUUGGAGGCGGAGCUAGAGAAGUUACAGACCACUAGCAGCUCUGGAGAUUCCAUGUUGUUUUCCAACCCAUGCUGGAGUAUGACAUCACCACGGUACCACAAUGGUGGGAGACAGGAGGACAGGCAAGGACAGAGAGAAGAGGGGGACAAUAAAGCACUACACGUCAGAGUGAGUUCAAUACCUAAAACUGAGGCCUUCUCAGCCAACCAGCCACACAUGUUCUGA